AACACUGCAUUCUGGUUUGCAAAGCAUUUAUUUCUUCUGUAGUUUUUUUCCUUCCUUUUAGUCUUCUCGUUAGUAUUUAGUGCGAUGGCAUUAAUGGCGGAAGUGAAGGCAAUAAUGGGUUUCGUGGUCCUCGUGGCUCUGAUUGGCGCUGCUGACGUGGCUGCACAGACAGACUGUCAAACGGAGAUUGGUACGUUGCUUCCGUGUGUUAGCUACGUUGGAGGCAAUGAUAAAGAGCCGUCUGCAGCUUGUUGCAGCGCCUUGGCUAAGGUUGUGAGUACCAAUGCCAGCUGUCUGUGCCUUGUUUUAACUGGCAAUUCGGGGUUUCCGAUCAAUAUGACCAAGGCUUUAGCCCUUCCCACCGCUUGCAACGUCGUCACUCCACCUGUCAGCGACUGUAACAAAGCUACAGCUCCUGCCCCUACUGUGGUAGCUUCAGGCCCCAUAUCGAAUCCCGGCAACGCUCCACCGCCUGCUACAGGAGCCAACACUAACGCAGGCACAGUUUUUGCACCGUCGAUGGUAGCGAUCGCUUCUAUGACGGCACUGGUUUUAAUGAAAGCUCUCGGAUGAGAGAAACAUACAAAUGGUUUACCGCUUUUGAUUUGGGGAAGGAUUUGACCUGAUUAUGAUUAUCAAGGAAUUGUUAUUAUCUCAAUGAGUUAUUAAAUAGUUUUCCUUUUCGUUUUCAA